ACCAACUAAGAAGUGGCAAAUAGACAAAUGUUGCAGGGUGUACACUGGUACAGUGCACUCUUUUCGAAUAUUACAAAACUAAAGCACGAUUUCAUGUGGCUCAGCUGAGCUUUGAAACAAAACAAAAAGGAAAGAGGUUCUCCUAUGCAUAGGAGAUUUGCACAUCGGUAUGGAAAUAAAACGUAAAAUAUAAAUCAAACUGCAAUGAAAAUAAAAAUGUUAUGCAUUAGAAGGAGCACAGAACGAAAGGCUAAAGAAGGUGAUAAGUGAAAGUAAAAAAAUUUAUUUAGCUUAAAAAGCGUAAAAGUAUAAGCAAAAAAAAAAAAAACAAAGUCACACCUAUAAUUAAGUGAAGUAACUUUUGCAAUUAACACAACAAAAGCAAUUUUACCCAAUAAUCGCUGGGAAUUUGUCAAACUGCCAUCAAUAGUGAGGUUGAGGCGGCAGUCGCAAAGUACCAAGUAAAGUAAUUUCAACUGCCAUAAUAAAAGUAAGGCGCCAUUAAGCGCUGCCAGCCGUGUAGUGCACGCAUAGCAACAACAUUUACAAUAGUUCGUAAACGCAACAACGACGGGGGCAGCGGCAGCAGUAACAGUAAUACCAGUAGCAACAGCAGCUGCAGCAACAAUAGCCAUAAACGCUUACAGCGCUACGUAGCGCCAUAAUGAUAAUGUUGCUACGUUAUUUUCACCUGCUGGCAACAACAACAACCGCAUUAAUAACCUUCCUCCUACUCUUGGCAUGUAUCGGCGGCGGCGGUAACAGCGGCUUAUUUGCCACGGCGGCAACAUCAACUCACAAUGCGAACAAUCAAAAUGGCAACACGAGAAAUUAUAGUCGAAGCGGACGUGAUAACGGCAGCAGCGCCAGCAGUACCUCAGCUGUUUUUCGCGCACUCAUCUCCGCCUCCGAUGCAGAUUCAAUCUCCAUGCAAUCUGAUGCCUCAUUAACGUCCGCUGACAGCGCCGGCAUCAACACUGGUUCUUCAUCGUCAUCAUCAUCAGCAUCAUUAGUCUCAUCUUCAUUUGCAUCUGCUUCAUUGACCGCAGCCAAUUCGCUGUUAAUGCCAUCACAUUCAUUGACGGGCAACAGUGAGUCAGCCGCUGCUACUUCAUCCGCUGCCUUAUUAACAUCCGCCUCACUGACGAGUAGUACCGCCAUUGGUGGUGGCAGUGGAGGCAGUAGCGGCACUAGUAGUGGACGUAGCAGUCGUCAAAAUGUUAGUGGUGGAGGCGGGGGUGGCAUUACCAACAACAAUGUCAAUAGUCAUGGUCAUGGCGUGCAAGUUGAUCAACUGCCAGCGCAACUAUCGUCGCGCAUCAUACACACGCGCAAUGGCGCUAUAUCCGGUGUUAUUGUGCAACUGGAAGGUCGACAUCUGGAUCCGGUGGAAGCGUAUCGUGGUAUACCCUAUGCCUCACCGCCUGUGGGCAAUUUGCGAUUCAUGCCACCUGUGUCGGCAGCCAUGUGGUCCGGUGUCAAGAAAGCGGACAGAUUCAGCCCGGUUUGCCCGCAACGCCUACCCGACAUCGCCAACGAGACAGCCGCUUUAGAGCGUAUGCCCAAAGGACGAUUGGAGUACUUGAAACGUCUACUGCCGUAUCUGCAAAAUCAAUCGGAAGAUUGCCUUUAUUUGAAUAUUUACGUGCCCAUACAAGGUGAGUGAUGUGCAAAAAAUAAAUCGGUAUAUAGUAAAGUACAUGUACAUAUAUAUGUACAGUUACUGCAUAAAAUAUAUUCCUUAUGUAAAUGAAGUAGGUUUGAAUGGCAAAACAUAUGUUUGUUUGUGCGCCUGUGCGUGUGUGGGUAAAAUUGUCAAUGUAAAUUCUGUAUGCUGGCGUCGAUUUCUCAAGGGACUGUUUAUCGGUCAAUUGGCAAACGGACUGGUG